CAAAGACUCCACAACAAGGAACGAGAUGGCAGCAAGGGCGGCGAUGGCGCGGAAGAAGAGCAACUUGUUCGUCAAUGUGGGGAUGCCGUUUGUGCUGUUCGUGGUCGGAGGUUUCACUGUGCUAAACCAAUUCCUCGACGGGAAGAUGGAGAAGAAGGACGUGAUGGUGAAGAGCCAAAGCGAACGGGCGUUCAACUUGGACGAGGAACAUCGGAAAAUCAUGCAGAAGCUCAACACGACCGACUUAGUCAUCAAGCGCAUCCCAGCCCCUGGCGAGGACCCGCGCAACGUCAAGUAGAUCGAUCACUAUCCAACAUCUUCGUGUGCAAACAGUAACACAGGAACAUGCAGCUCGAAUCCCAA